UAAUUUGAAGACAAAACGGUAGAAUCUAGAGUGAGCGUGACACUCUAUCUUGCUGCUGCACAUUUUACAAUGGCUCAAAACAGAGAAAAAAUCAAGAGAAAACAACCUGAACCGGUUGAUGAUGAUGAUGAUGAUGAUCAAGAAGAAAAUUGGUGCUUUGAAUGCAAAGAUGGUGGACAACUUGUUAUCUGUGAUCAUGAGAACUGUGGAAAAGCUUAUCAUUCUGAUUGUGUUGGAAAGGAUGAUUCCUUUUUUGAUACUGUAGAAUCUUGGGUUUGUGGUAGGCAUUGUUGCUACAACUGCAGUAAACGCUCCAAGUUUUGUUGCCUUGGUUGUCCAAAUGCUGUAUGCAAAAAGUGUGUUUCUACUUCAGAAUUUACUCUAGUUAGAGGUGUUCAAGGACUGUGCUGUGACUGCUUAGAGAUAGUAAAGAUUAUAGAACUAAAGUUGGACCAUGAUUCUGAGGGGAACAAAAUAACCUUGGAUGACAGAGAAACAUAUGAAUGUCUAUUCAAGGAAUACUGGGGCAUUGUUAAGGAAAGAGAAGGGCUCACUGACGACGAUGUCUCAGCUGCACUGCCCAACUAUCGAAAGGGUAAAGAUCUCGAGCUUCAUAAAAUUCACUGUGAAGGUGAAGAAGAGAAACAAAAUGAUACCAACAAUAUUGAAGAAUAUACAGGUGUGCAUAAGCUGAAGAAACAGAAUCGGUAUAGUUCAAUGGAAUUUGUCGGAUGGGCAUCAAGACCUCUAUCUAGCUUCCUUGCAUCCAUAGGGAGAUACAAAACCGAACCAAUGAUGCAAUGGGGAAUAAGAUCUCUCAUAUAUGAAUACAUUAAGGAGAAAAAUCUUUACCAUCCCAAAGACAAGAGGAAAUUCCUCCCUGAUGACAAGUUGUUUCCUAUAUUUAAAAAGAAAGCUGUGUUGAAGUCUCAGAUAUAUUCUCUACUCGAGUUUCACAUUGCGAAAAAUUCAGAUGAUUCAUCUAGAAAGGAAAAUCACGAUGAAAAAAAAAAUUGUUCGGCAGACAAGGAUAUCGAUGAUCAGACAUGUCUGGAAAGCCGGUUGUCCAACUUGGAUGUUUUGCAUCCAUUAAAACCUGGAUGUUUUGCAUCCAUUAAUGCCAAUAAUAUCAAGCUUAUCUACCUAAAACAAAGCUUGGUGAUCGAGUUAUCGAAACAACCUGAAAGCUUUGCGAGUAGGGUGGUUGGAACUUUUGUUAGAGCCAGAGUAGAUUCCAAUGAUCAUAAGCUAAGGAAUUCAUACCAUCUUGUGAGAGUCAUAGGUGUUCAACAUGAUCAAAUGUCUAAUGGAAUACUCUUGCAAGUUUCCUUCAUGCCUAAAGCUAUUUCCAUCUCUGAGCUCUCCGAUGAAGAUUUCACAGAGCAAGAUUGUGAGGAUUUACGGAAAAAAGUGAAAACUGGAUUGCUCCCAAAAUUAACUGUUGAGGAUCUUCAAGAGAAGGCUACAAGUCUUCACGAGGAUAUAACGAAACAUUGGAUUGCGACACGCCUAGCUUACUUGCAGAUUCAAAUCGAGCGUGUAAAUAAAGAAUAUCCUUCUUGUAUCAUAUAGAAAUGAUAAAAUGAAUUCUUAGUAUCAUAUGACUUUAGCAUUGUACACAUUUCCCGCAACAAAUUAUGUCUUUGUCCGCGACCCAUACACGUGCAUAGUAAAACGUA